AUGAAGAACAAGGCCAACAGUAUUGCCGCACUCGGCAUGGCGAUACAAUCUUUCUACGGCAGCAACAACGUGGCAGUUCAGCCGAUCAACUUCCCGAGUCAGUACAAGACGACUGUUGCAGGCAAUCUUUUCUAUCUCAAAGACAUAAAUCACAGCACGAAUUGGCCAGCCGUGGUGGUCGGUCAUCCUCUGGGAGCUGUGAAAGAGCAGAGCGCGAAUCUUUAUGCCACAAAGCUGGCCGAGCAGGGUUUCGUCACCGUCUCUAUUGAUAUCCUGUUCUGGGGCGCUAGCGAGGGCGAACCGCGCAACGCAGUGUCGCCCGAUCUCUACGCGGAGGCAUUCAGCGCGGCUGUCGAUUAUCUUGGUAACCCAGGACUCGUCGACUGCGAACGGAUUGGUGGCCUUGGUAUCUGUGGCAGUGGUUCUUUCGUGAUCAGCGCGGCGAAGGUCGACCCACGUCUGAAGGCCAUCGCUACGUCGAGUAUGUAUAAUAUGGGUGCUCUCUCUCGCGAUGGAAUCCAACAUGCGCAAAGCGUUAGUCAACUCAAGGAACUGAUCGCCCAGGCCGCAAAGCAGCGCUGGGUUGAAAUUGAUGGCGGCGAGGUCCAAUACACAAGCGGCACACAGAAUCACCUUACUGCAAACUCGACCGCGAUUCAGCGUGAGUUCUACGAUUAUUACCGCACUAAGCGUGGCGAGUUCACACCUGUUGGCUCUACUCCGGAGCUUACUACCCACCCGACACUCUCUACUUUCACUAAAUUUGUGAACUUCUACCCCUUCGACGGUAUUGAGACAAUCUCACCACGCCCAAUGCUGUUCAUCUCGGGCGACCAGGCACACUCUCGUGAGUUCAGUGAAGAUGCCUAUUCGCGCGCUGGGGAGCCGAAGGAGCUGUACUGGGUGCCAGGUGCCGGCCAUGUCGACCUUUACGAUCGUACCGAGCUUAUCCCGUUCCAAAAGCUCACUAACUUUUUCCAAACGAGCCUCGUGUGA